AUGAAUCGGAAACCAACGACGUGCUCCGAGGACCGGUAUGAACCAGCAGGGGGACCUACGGAAGCAACGGACACCGUAGAGGCAGGGCCUAGAAAAGAUGCCAAGUGGCGCCGCGAGGGCACACGGCCCGGCAGCAAACUCGACUCGACCGCCGAGAAAGGAAAGAAAACGCAAGGACGGAGCCGCAUACGCGAAACGCACAGUACGCAGUGCCGCAAAGCGUCGGGCAAAUUCGAAAUUCGGGUAGUGGACGGGAACUCAAAGCAGCGAAGGCGAAGCGCGGCGCGGGCGUUGAGGGUGACGCUGGAGGAGGGGAAUAGAGGAAUAGAGGAGAGGAGAGGAGGAGGUGGAGGUGGAGAGCGCGUGCGGGCCUGGAGCAGAGGCGGCGGCCGAGGAGAGCCGGAGCUGGAGAUGGAGCUGGAGCGCGAGCGGGGCGUCGAGAUGGCCAGCGUAAGACGUGAGGAGGGCGAAGAUCGCAUUUCCGCAAUCGAGAUGGUCCGAGGAAGUGGAUCUUUGACGAAAUUGCGACGACGCCGACGACGAUGCUGCUGCUGA